CGAGGAGCGGCGCGGCGCGUACAGGGCGGCGUGUGACGCGGGGACGCUGCGCGCUCGCAACGUCGCCUCGGUUUGACGCACACGGCACCAAACUGGUUAUAGAAGAACCUUUGUCUUGAUUGUUGAACUGGUGCAAGGCCACUGGCUGAAAUGAAGGUUGUUUCGCUUUACUGUUACAGAAAGGGAAGAAAAAAGCUAAAUCAUCUGAUAUUCUCUGACUUGAGGCUUUCCAGUGUCAUCUAUUCAAAGGCCAUAGAUAGUAAGCAAAAGAAGUCAAGAUCAAGAUCUGGAAGUAAGAAAAAAGUACUGCCGUUACCUCAUGGUGCUGAUGACAUUUACAUUCUGCGAUGCAGGUUUUGUGGCCUGGUCUUUCGAGGACCGUUGUCUGUUCAGGAAGACUGGAUCAAGCACUUACAGCGACAUAUUGUGAAUGCUAAUCUUCCACGGACUGGAGCAGGCAUGGUAGAAGUCACAUCACUACUUAAAAAGCCUGCUUCUAUUACUGAAACUUCAUUUUCUUUAUUGAUGGCAGAAGCAGCAUCAUAGAACAAGGAAACCUUUUGAAUUACAAAUUUGAAUUGGAUGUAAAUUUGAAAUACUUUGUCAUUUUUUUUAAAGUUGCUACAUUAAAUUAUCUGUUUAUAAAUCCUAAAGCAGGAAAACGGGGAAAGUGAAUUACAGUGACAUCAGAGCAAAUUGAGUACUUUAAAGCAGUUACAGUAAGUAGUCUUUAUAUUUUAUAUAGGGUGGAAGAUGUGCUUUUAAGGUUUACUAAGUUUUUGUCAGUUAACUAACUGUGUCCAAUAUCAAUAACAAGAUCAUUACACAUAAGCAGCCAUUUAUCAAUUUGUUGCACAUGGGUACUUAGAGACAAACUUUGUUGAAAAAUUAUGUUCUCUGCAGUGUUACCAGAAUCAAGGCUCUGUUUUUCCCCCAAAAAGAGACUUGCAUAGUAAAAUAAGAUAUUAUAUUUUGUUUGUAUGUAUGUAGUGUUUUGUACAAUACCAGGAACUGCUAACUAAAUUCAUUCAAUUUAGGGCAUUAAAUAUCAUGUACUUCAUAGUUCAAGAGACUGUUCACUCAAAUAGGGCAAUGAGUACUAUUCUAUCUAAAUGUGUAAGUGUUUUUUAAAAAAUCACAUGAAAAGGUUUUUUUUUUGUACUAAAAGUGGAGGGAGAUUUGUUUAAACAAAUAUUUCUAAAAGAAAUAUGUACAUAGUACUGGAAAUUAUUUGUGGUAAGGAAAUAUUCUUUACUCCAGUUGCAUUUAUCAGACAAUAAAGUGGUGCAUCCAUGCUACCUCCUACUUUGUCAACAAAGAUGCUAUUUACCCUUUACAUUUUUGUAUCAUAAUAGAUUGAAAUCUAACUCUUUAUUGCAAGACAUCCUUUUGUUAACAGACUUGUUUCUUUUUUGAUGUUUUACUUAAAAUUUGACUUGCUUACAAGAUGGUUUUGCCUCUUUACUACUUUAUUUAACACUGUAGAAAUGUACUACUAAUAAUAAAUGAUGCUCACUACACCAUUUAGAAUAGCUUUCUUCAUUUAUAAUUUGUCCCAAAUUUGAUCAUUUCAGCAAAAUUUAAUACAUCAAUUGAAAUGUUUCUACAUAUGAAGAGAAUGUUUACAACUUAAAUUUUAGAACUUGUUUUGGAUGUAAUUAUAUGUACAAAAAUUGUGUAACACUAUGCUCAUGCUAAGGACCGCCGUAAUGGAAUUGCUGAAAUAAAUGUGCUGUGAGGAUAGAAAAUAUGGUGCAGGUGUCUUGGUCAUGAUAAAUUGUGAAUGUUUAUUUACAGUGUCACCAAAAGUGAUCUAAUUUUUAUCCAGUAAAUCAGAUUUCUUUGCAAAUAACAGUUUUUGUAUUCAAGUACCAUUUCAUUUUAUUCAUAUAGGAUGGCUAAUACUGUAGUUAGACCAAGGAUAUGCAUUGAUACUUUCUUUAUUUGUAAAUAAAGCAGGUAAAAUGAGGUGUAUUUUGGUAGAGUAUGUACAUACCUCACUGCCAGUGAAAUUGCUUUCUUAUGGUAUAUCUCCUUACCAGAAAAAUCUCUAAAUAAAAAAAUGUUUAAAGAAAUA